CCUCCUGCACUUCUUUCACUAAGUGGUUAGCUGCCUGCCCAAUAGACAUAAACACCUUCUGCCAAAGAAAUGUGAAAAGUGUUGGAAACCUGCUGUUUGGAGACUAUUCUCCUGAGUAGACAUCCAGGAGAUCUCCAGAGAUCUAUUUCAGCCUCACAUCUAUACUUCAUCAUGAAAAGGAGGAAGCCCAAACUGAAAUGAGUUAAGAACUUUGUCUCCAAGAGAGGACUGUGGCUUGGCCCUGAGUUGAGCACCAUGAAGAAGAACAAGAGGAACCCUACCACAAGGAUCAAUGAGCAAGAUGCCAUCUCUGUCCCAACCUCCCAGGAUCCAAGAAAUCUUCAAAAUAUGUUGGAUGGAGGAGAGUAUGCCCCUUUUGUAUCUCCUCCCAUAUUAGAGAGCAAUUUUAUCCAGGUUAACAGGAGAGGUGAAUCCAUUUACCUUCAUAACCGAGCCAACUGGGUGACUGUAGGCAUCUGCUCUUCCAGUGAAACCCGCAAGACCCCCAACGUGAUGCUUCUGGCACAUCUGACACCUGAAGCUCAGAAAAACACAAAAUCCCUGUUUCAAAGUCUCCUGACAUCUCCUUCACCACAGAACCUGGUGCUCACCAGGUUCCUCCCUCUGCAGUUUGUGACCCUUUCUGUGCACGAUGCUGAGAACAUGCGCCUCAAAGUAAAGCUGGUGAGUGGUCGAGCCUACUACCUACAGCUCUGUGCCCCUGCGUGUAAACAAGACACCCUCUUUUGUCAGUGGGUGGAACUCAUAUCCAUCUUGAAUGAGGAAAAAGCCAAAGUUUCCAAAUUGUCGGAAGUCUCAAGCCUGUCAGAAAUCACGAAUAGCACCGACAUCACGGGCUCAGGGGACAUCAUGGAUAUUGCAGCUUCCACAACCCUACAGAGCCCAACCUUGUGCUUGUGUUCAGAACCUGUACAUGCCGUAGAAAGCACUGAUUUCUCAGAUUUCACCGAUGUCACCGACGUCACUGAUGUCACUGACGUCACAGAUGUUCCAGAAAAUGAGGUCACAGAGGCCCCAGAUAUAAAUAUUGUCACAGAAGUCACAGAAAUCACAGACCUCUGUGACGUCCCAAACUGCUCGGAGGUCACAGUGGUGUUUGAAAAUGAUGACAUACUAAGGGCCAAGCAAGAGGAAAAGGAAAAAAUGGGAAACACUCUGAAGCCUGGGUGUCUACGAGAUACAAAAAUUAAGAACGAGUUCAAAGAAUCCUCAAAACAUGUCACCAUCUCAAAUGUAACGCUGACUUUCCAAGGUGAACGAUGUUUUCAUACUACCUUGACUCAAGAAGAAAGUGACACAAGUUCAUCCAAAGAGCUGAGUGCCAGAUCCUCUGAAAUAAGGACAACUGAAUUUAAAAGCCUAGCUCUCAAGGCUGAAGAAUCCAGGAGCAUGAGAAUUGACUCAGUCACCUCAGGCUUACAUAGUUUUUCCAUUUUCCCUCUGAUUAGCAUUUCCUUACCUGUUGCCACACUCCUCUGAAUCACUUUUUUCCCCUUUCAUACUUACUUACUCACAUUUUACACUUCCUACCCCAAGAAAAGCAAAGAUUAGUAGAAUCUUACUUCCUUGUCCCUGGAAUUUAGACUGAAUGUAGACGAAAAAUGAGUCGGUGAAUCUGAUUUCUAUUCCAAGCAGUUCCCGUAGCAACUAAACAAAACAAAACAAAAUGGUACCAUUAACCUAUUCAGGUUCACCAUCACCCAACUCCUUUACACCCAUGCCUGGGGACCAUGGUCUCUUAUUCAUGUCUCAAAUCUCUCAGCAGUUUGACACUUUUCUCCUUUCUGAGUAAGGCUUUGUCAAGGGGCAUUGCACACAUUCUCUUUUUAU